AUGGCGGCGCCCGUCCUAAGAGUGUCCACCCCUCGGUGGGAAAGAAUAGCUAGGCUUCUCGUGUGCGUUAUAGGGAUCCUGCUGUCUCUUUAUGCUUUUCACGUGGAGAGGGAAAAGGCGGAGGAUCCCAGCUACACGGCGAUGUGCGACCUGAGCAGCUCAGUCAGCUGCUCCAAAGUCUUCAGCUCAAGGUGGGGCCGUGGGUUUGGACUCUUGGGCUCAAUUUUUGGAAAUGAUAGUGCACUGAACCAACCAAACAGUGUCUACGGGGGGCUCUUUUAUGCUUUCCAGCUCUUACUAGGACUAACUGCGAGCGCUAUGGCCGCCCUGUUUCUCAUGACGACCUCCAUCCUGUCGGUGAUGGGCUCGCUCUACUUGGGCUACAUCCUCUACUUUGUCCUAAAGGACUUCUGUGUCAUCUGCAUUACUACAUAUGCCCUAAACAUCAUUCUCUUUAUUCUCAACUAUAAGCGACUAGUUUACUUAAAUGAGGCCUGGAAGCAGCAGCUCCAGACAAAGCAGGACUAA